AGAGGUAGAUCACUGCAGUUCAUUUGGGGUAAUAUAAUACAUAAUAAUUGGGUUAUUUUAAAUUGUUUGCCAAAUUAAUUCUUAAUUUUAUGAUUUAUUAACAAACUGUAGGCAAACACUGAAAUUUUGUUUAUAUUGGAAAAAAGGCAAAAACAAAACCCCACACCCCUUUUUAAAGUGAAGGCUUAUUUACCCAUGAAAGGAAGACCAACACAGCCAGCUAGAUUUAAAAAAAUUUUUCUUUUAUGACAUUUUGUCUGUUGCAUACUCCAGUUGCUGUUAGGAAAUUUUACUAAAUCACAUCUUGCUUUAAUGGAGUUGUUUGAAUAAUUGUGGGGAGUAGAGAAGGAGGAUGUCCUGGGAGCAAUGAGGAAGUGCUGCCUCAGUCUGAGGGCCCCUACGUGGACCAGUGUCUAAGCCUCUGAGGAGGGCCUGGGGUAGUAGGUGGAGAGAGCUUCAGUGUCUGGCCUCUGUUGAUCAGGAAGCACAAGGGCUCCAAGCUGCCCUGAUGGAUGAUGAGGAAGGGCUCUGCCUGUCAUGUAUGCAGUAGCACUUGAUCUUCGAGUAUUUGCCAGUAAUGCAGAUCAGCAGUUGGUUAAGAAAGGAAAAAGCAAAGUUGGGGACAUGUUGGAAAAAGCUGCUGAGUUGUUGAUGAGCUGUUUCCGAGUCUGUGCCAGUGACACUCGUGCUGGUAUAGAGGAUUCUAAGAAGUGGGGGAUGCUGUUUCUGGUGAAUCGGUUAUUCAAGAUUUACUUUAAGAUCAACAAACUCCAUUUGUGUAAACCUCUCAUCAGAGCCAUCGACAGCUCAAAUCUGAAAGAAGAUUAUAGCACAGCACAGAGAGUAACAUACAGGUACUAUGUUGGACGAAAGGCCAUGUUUGAUAGUGACUUUAAACAAGCCGAGGAGUACCUGUCCUUUGCCUUUGAGCACUGUCACUGUUUAAGUCAGAAGAACAAAAGGAUGAUUUUGAUAUAUUUACUCCCAGUAAAAAUGCUGUUGGGUCAUAUGCCAACCAUUGAGCUUUUGAAAAAGUAUCAUCUCAUGCAGUUUGCUGAAGUAACCAGAGCUGUAAGUGAAGGCAAUCUCCUUCUAUUGAACGAGGCUCUAGCGAAGCAUGAGACCUUCUUUAUUCGCUGUGGCAUCUUCCUUAUCCUUGAAAAGCUGAAGAUCAUCACCUACAGGAAUCUUUUUAAAAAAGUGUACUUGUUACUCAAAACACACCAGUUAUCUCUGGAUGCUUUUCUAGUUGCUUUGAAAUUCAUGCAAGUGGAAGACGUGGACAUCGAUGAAGUCCAGUGUAUUCUAGCCAACCUGAUAUACAUGGGUCACAUCAAAGGCUAUAUAUCACAUCAGCAUCAGAAGCUAGUUGCUAGCAAGCAAAAUCCAUUUCCUCCGCUGUCUACAGUGUGUUGAAUGUAUAAACACAUGUUCCUCUGGUGUUUAUCGUACUGAUGAAAUCACUACUUUGCCAGGACAUUACUUUCUGCAGCCGGAAUCUCUUUGGGGCUCUUCUCUCAGGGAUGUUGAGACUGAGUUCCCCGCAUUCACAGCCACCUUGACAUUUCCUCAUCACUCAUUACUAAUGUCGACCUCACGGAGACUUGGAAUUUCUUUUUCAAGUGUUGCAGACCCUCCUUUGACUCUGGAGCAUUGGAGAAACUUCUGUGAAGGAGGCUCUUCUCCAAGGCAGCUACAGUUUACUUCUCCCAAGAGUUAUGCACAAGUGCAAUUUUUUUAAUAUAAUUUUUCUAUAUAAAAGGCAUUCUGAAUUUA